GACGGCCCGAGGGUGCAGUUCCGCGCAGCCGUCGGCCGUCGCUUCUGGCAGCGCGCUCACCCUCCUUCCCAAUUCGCAACCUCCCGCCUCUUUUUCUCCCCGCCCCGCGCGGCCGAACAAAACCCUAGUCCCCCUCCCCACUCCCUCAGUCCCCAUUCCCACACCGUUGGUGGCUCGGAACCGCCACUGACCACUUCCCUGACCCCGCGCUCUCUCCCUCUCACUACAGUCGGAGGGCGGCGGCGGUGGCGAACCGACGGCGUAUGUAAGUUGGUGGAUAGAGAGGUGUUGCGGAAGCCGGGAAGGAAUCCAACUGAACAUUUGACUUGCUUGUUCCGGGAGAUCUCUUGCCUAACUGUGAGCGAGCGAGUUGUCACAGAACAGUUGGCUGCUCACAAUGGGGACACUUUCAAUGUCCGACGCCAGCCCUAUCCCUGCCAAGAACUGGGAUGCUUCCCCUGUCAAGCUCGAGGCUCAAGGUGGUGACGCCAUCCUCGGCAUGAAGGAGGAAGAGCGACUACUGGAGCUCGUGAAGGAUGAGCAGGCUGAUGGAAUCUUGGAUUCAUUACCAAUUGACCUGGAGGCCAAGAAUGGCGAUGCAUCACUCAUCACUGAAGCCAUGAAAAAGGAGGAGGAGCAGCUUGAAGACACCCGGAUCAAGGUGCAGGAAGAAGAGGAAGCCAGGAAGAGGGAAGAGGCUGCUAGACUUGCUUUUGAUCCUGAGACACAGUAUAACAAGUUAGAUGAGCUGCUGACAAAGACACAACUCUUUUCGGAGUUUCUACUUGAGAACAUGGAUCGGAUUGCCGAUGAAAGUGUUGAAACUCAAGCUGAACAGCCACAGGUAGAAGAGAAGAAGAAAGGGCGCGGCCGGAAGAGGAAAGCAAAGCCACAGUACAAUGAUAAGAAGGCUAAGACGGCAGUGGCUGCCAUGCUCACAAGAUCUCGCGAAGAACGUCUUGCGGAAGAUUCUACUCUCUCAGAAGAAGAAAGGUGGGAAAAGGAGCAGGCUAAUCUUGUGCCGUUAUUGACUGGUGGAAAGUUGAAGUCAUAUCAGAUAAAGGGUGUCAAGUGGCUUAUAUCAUUGUGGCAGAAUGGGCUGAAUGGAAUACUGGCUGAUCAAAUGGGCCUUGGGAAAACCAUCCAGACAAUUGGAUUUCUUGCUCAUCUGAAAGGGAAAGGCAUGCAUGGUCCAUACUUAAUAAUCGCUCCUCUGUCCACUCUCUCAAACUGGGUGAAUGAAAUCUCAAGGUUUACUCCAUCUCUGGUUAGUAUCAUAUACCAUGGAGGUAAGGCUGCCCGGGCAGAGAUCCGAAGGAAAUUUAUGCCCACAAAUGUUGGCCCUGAUUUUCCGAUAGUAGUGACUUCAUAUGAGAUGGCCAUGUUUGAUGCUAAAUUUCUUGCUGCCUAUAAGUGGAAGUAUGUUGUUGUGGAUGAGGGGCAUCGUCUGAAAAAUGCUAAGUGUCUAUUAUUGAAGCAGCUGAAGCGCAUACCAAUGGAUAAUAAGCUCCUUUUGACUGGAACACCCUUGCAGAAUAAUCUUGCAGAGCUCUGGUCACUAUUGAACUUCAUUUUGCCUGAUAUAUUCUCGUCACAUCAAGAGUUUGAGUCAUGGUUUGAUUUUUCUGGUGGAAAUGAAGAAACUGAUGAGAAGAAAAGGCUGCAUGUUGUUUCAAAGCUUCACGCUAUCUUGCGUCCAUUCCUUCUAAGGCGUAUGAAGGAGGAUGUGGAACAGAUGCUUCCACGAAAGAAAGAGAUAAUCAUAUAUGCCAACAUGACUGAGCAACAGAAGCAAAUCCAGCAUCACUUGAUCGAAAAAACAUUUGACAACUACUUGCACGAGGAAUCAGAUAUUAUAUUGAAAAGACCUGGCAUUAGGGCAAGGUUGCAUAAUCUAAUGAUUCAGCUGAGGAAGAAUUGCAACCAUCCUGAUCUUUUGGAAUCUCCAGUUGAUUCAACUGGUUUAUAUCCACCUGUUGAGAAGCUUCUGGAACAGUGUGGUAAAUUCCAACUUUUUGACAGGUUGCUAAAUUUCCUGAUGGCGCAAAAGCACAAGGUUCUUGUAUUCUCGCAGUGGACAAAAGUGCUGGACAUUAUUGAAUACUACCUUGAUUCAAAAGGCCAUGCUGUUUGCCGAAUCGAUGGUAAUGUGAAACUGGAAGAAAGGAGGAGGCAGAUAGCAGAAUUCAAUGACGUGAAUAGCAGCAUGCGUAUCUUCCUCCUGAGCACAAGGGCUGGUGGGCUUGGCAUCAACCUUACUGCCGCUGACACCUGUAUCCUCUACGACAGCGACUGGAACCCUCAGAUGGAUUUGCAGGCCAUGGACCGAUGCCACCGGAUCGGCCAAACACGCCCAGUGCAUGUGUAUAGGCUGGCUACGUCACACUCCGUUGAGGGGCGGAUGAUGAAGAGAGCCUUUGGGAAGCUGAAGCUGGAGCACGUGGUGAUCGGCAAGGGACAGUUCGAGCAAGACAGAGCUAAGCCGAGCGCCUUAGAUGAAGGUGAGCUGCUGGCGCUUCUCAAGGACGAGCAGACCGAGGAGGACAGGAUCGUCCAGACCGACAUCAGCGACGAGGACCUCCAGAGGCUGAUGGACCGGAGCGACCUGAUGGGCCCGCCGCCUGGCGCUGGCGGCGCAAACGCGGCCUCGCCUCUUGUACCGCUGAAAGGCCCGGGCUGGGAGGUGGUGGUGCCGGCCAAGAGUGGCGGCGGCAUGCUGUCGUCGCUCACCAGCUGAGCCGUCGUCGCUGCGGGGAUCUGUUGUGCUUUUGGUUGGUCGCACGCACUCAGUUUUGGUUUGCCCCCCCCCCCCCCCCCCCCCCCCCCCCCACUGGUGCUGGUGGUUUUGGUGGCAGCUGUUGCGCUGCUCAGGCGAUGGCUGUUGAACUGGGGCGUUGCCCCUGCAGAAGUAGCUUUUAGUUUAGGAUCAGCAACAAAACAAGCAGGACUCUAGGCCAUGUGUGGUCGACUCUCCGUACGGUACCCAGGUCGUUUACAGUACGGAGGUCGUUGCGUUAGAUUACGUGGGUGGGUGAUGGCCUCAUGGGGGAUGGGACGGUUGGUUGAACCAGACACAUGCCGGUUGCUUUGUAAAGUUUGUAUCACGUCGUCCGUGAUACAAUGCGGUCCUCCGUCUACAAGCGUGCUGAUCCUCUCUUGUUUGGCUGUCUUGUGAUGUUUGUUGAGAACGCUGAACGAACGCCCGUACCGUGACAAAGAUCGGUUCCUGGUCU